CUAUGACAAACAGUGGCGGAUUCCUGACAGGGCAAACCGAGAAGGAUUACUUAGCUAGCUUGUAAACUGUCCAGCUGGAUGUUUAGAGUACAAUAAACUUAGCGAUUAAGGAAAUGUAAUCUUCCCUUUAACGAAGUACAACAUGACAGGUUAAGUUUUAAUUGUAAGGCGAGUCUUGUUGACUUGAGACCUUGGACAGCAGCGUGGAAAAAUCUCUGCGAAGGAGAAUGUGAGAGAACGAUUUGGAGGAUUAGGGAGCUUGCUUGCGUGAUCGCGAGCUGUUACACCAAGCUAGCUAUGAAAAGUGGUAAUGUUUUAAAAUCUAAUAGCCUUACAAAUGUUUUAUUCAUCUGAUUUAUGAGGCGGAAAAGUAAGCAUAUGUUAUUGAAAAUAGCUAGCGUAGUAGCUAGCUACCAAUUUGAAACUGUCUACUCUCCCGAAGCAGUUUAGAAGGGCGGCGACAAUGAGGCCAUGACGGAGGGGGAAGAACGUUGAGGACUGGACCCUGCACCAUGGACGGGAUUGAGCCAGCCACUUUGGACAUCAGGAGCCAAGACCUUGGGGAGCUGGGUGCAGCCGCGGUGCGGGACAUGGGGGGCAUCUGCCUGGACAACGGGGACAGCCCGCCCUCCCGUGGCCGGGCGGCGCCCCAGAACAGGGCCGGGAAGCGGACGCCAGCGGGGACUGGUCCGGGCCGGACGCCCGACCCGAUGGACGCCGUGAAGGAGCUGGGCUCGGAGGAGGACGGCAAGGGCAGCGGGGGCUCGGACGGGACGGGCCUGGAGGCCUCCCCCGAGGGACGGGGAUGGGACAUGGGGUCACAGAACGGGGACAAGCCAGAGGAGGACCGGCUGGAACAGAGCGCUAACAGCUACAGCACGCCGAGCGUGGACAGCCCUGCCCCGUCCAGCAGUUACACGGACCUGUCUCAGACGUCCUCGCCCUCUCUGUCGGACCAGCUUCUUCUGGGUCGGGAGGACACCACGGGGGCGGGGAUCAACGUCGAAUGCCGAAUAUGUGGGGACAGGGCCUCAGGCUUGCACUACGGUGUUCACGCCUGCGAGGGCUGCAAGGGAUUUUUUCGAAGGACCAUCAAAAUGAAGUUGGAGUAUGAGCGCUGUGAGCGGAGCUGCACCAUCCAGAAGAAGAGCCGCAAUAAGUGCCAGUACUGCCGCUUCCAGAAGUGCCUGGCACUGGGCAUGUCUCACGAUGCGAUCCGAUAUGGCCGGAUGCCGGAGGCGGAGAAGAGGAAGCUGGUGGCCGGACUGCUUGCCAGAGAGACCGGCGUACAGAGCCCUGGCGGCUCGGACCUCAAGUCCCUCGCCAAGCAAGUCAACAGCGCCUACCAGAAGAACCUCAACAUGACCAAGAAGAAGGCUCGCAACAUCCUGACUGGCAAGAACAGCUCAAACCCGCCCUUCGUGAUCCACGACAUGGACUCGCUGUGGCAGGCCGAGAACGGCCUGGUCUGGAACCAGCUCAUCAACGGGGCGCCCACCAACAAGGAGAUCGGGGUGCACGUCUUCUACCGCUGCCAGUGCACCACCGUGGAGACGGUCCGGGAGCUGACCGAGUUCGCCAAGAACAUCCCGGGCUUCGUCGACCUCUUCCUCAAUGACCAGGUGACGCUGCUGAAGUACGGCGUGCACGAGGCCAUCUUCUCCAUGCUGCCCUCGCUGAUGAACAAGGACGGGCUGCUGGUGGCCAACGGGCGGGGCUUCGUCACGCGCGAGUUCCUGCGCAGCCUGCGCCGGCCCUUCAGCGAGAUCAUGGAGCCCAAGUUCGAGUUCGCCGUCAAGUUCAACGCCCUGGAGCUGGACGACAGCGACCUCGCCCUCUUCGUGGCCGCCAUCAUCCUCUGCGGGGACCGUCCGGGCCUGAUGAACGUGAAGCAGGUGGAGGAGAUGCAGGACAACAUCCUCCAGGCCCUCAAUCAGCACCUGCAGACCAGCCACCCGGAGUCCCCGUACCUCUUCCCCAAGCUGCUGCAGAAGAUGGCCGACCUGCGGCAGCUGGUCACCGAGAACGCCCAGCUGGUUCAGAAGAUCAAGAAGACCGAGUCCGAGACGUCCCUGCACCCGCUCCUCCAGGAGAUCUAUAAAGACAUGUACUAAGCCCCGAGAAUGCUCGAACUCAGCGAGGAGCCACAGACUGCGGAGCUGUUACAGAGUCGACUUGAAAAGGCUGUUAUAUUUUGGAGAGUUGUGGGCCGGUCGUUCUGGAGUGUGUGUUUUCGGGGAAUACCACGCGCUGCAAACCAAGAGUCUCUCACUUUCUCUUUUUUAUGGAUGAUCAUCACUAUUUUUGUAAACUGAUUUUUUUUUUUUUUUAAACUAGAUCCUCCAAUCAUAAACUUUUUACAGUGGCCCACCUCUUUUUUUUCCCCCUAGUGUAGAGGAUUGUUAGUGUUUUUGAUCAGUAUGCUUGCUGUCUCAGUUGUGGAGACGCAGUAAAAUCAUCAGCUUGUCUGGAGCUGUUACAGAUCUGAAAAAGGACCAGUGGGGUACAGUUACAUCCAUCUUCCUGAUGUGGGACGGGCGAGGACCCUUUACCUGCUCAGGGUGGUUCUGACGUUGGAGGAGGGCACAAAUCCGCACCGUAUUCUGAACUGAGCCACACAUCACUUCCUGUCGGGUCACAUGACCACAAUGGCACUUUUUCUGAUUCUUCCCAGCCAGGUAGCCAAGGUCCACUUGGAUUAUUUAAAGCUCACUUGAUCCGCUGUCGUUUUCAGCCCCAGGACUUUGCCAAUUUGCCACUGGGACAUCUGGACAAAUCCAUUAUUGCUGCACGGACACCUUGUUUUCAGGGCACUUGGCUAAUUCCCUUUUUUUGAAAUCACAGGAUUGAAGUAUUUCCAGGUACUGACCUGAAUCAUUGAAAGAAGAGUUAAAAGAAUCCAAAUAUACCUCACACCCAAGAUACUUACAGUAUAACCUUAAUGGACAAACGAGACUUCCAGUCCACCAGCUUAGUUUGCUCAUUUUUUGUACUGAUGGAUCGAUGGGUUUUUUAAUUUUCAAAUACUUGGGAGGGACUUUGAAACAGAGUUCUCAAGGUAUGUUUAUUACCUGAAAAGACGACUUAAAAUUGAAUGGGGAAAAAAAGUAUUAUUUGUUUAUAUUUCAGUAGGACAGAUUCCUCCCCACCUUGUGAUACUUAAAGUGAUACUGACAUGGGCUAGGCUGUUUCUAAAACCAUCAGGUCAUAGAGUUUAGGCCACUUUAAGCCAUACAGCGUCGUGUUGCAAUAUGCUUUAUUCACAUAGAUUUUACGACUCUAAAUGAUUUGAUAAGAAUAUAUUCUGACAGUCACACCAACAAAUCUUACUACACUGACAUCAGUUUGGAUGUGGAAGGUUAUCCAAUGGGGCGAGCAGCGUCUUCAUGUUGAAUAUCCCAGAUCGUGCUGUGUUUGCUGUGUUCUUCUGAGUCACUUAUCAGCACUACAAUAGGUAGGCGAAAUUCAGAUUUGGCGGACAUCACACGUGAGAGAGCUAGGCGGCAGAGAAUGUGUGUGAAUAACAGUAGCUCAGUUUAGUUCAUGGAGUUAAUGCACACACUCACAUCUGUACAGUUGGUUAAAAAAAUAAGACCUGAGGAUGUUGCCUGAAAUCAAUUUUGUUUGAUUAUUUCAUUAUUUUUGUCUAGGCUAGUUAAUAAGGUCAACUGAGGAAUUGGCCAUAGUUGAUUCUUUUAUUUUUAUGAACAUUAAUAAUUAUUUUUCCAGAUUUCCCAUAUUAUUUUCUGACAUAAAAAGUAUUUGGUAGCCUGCUUGGCAGGUGUAACAGCAAUGCCUGACCUGACACAAAUGUCCAGCCUUCUGAUGGUAGGCUUGGCUCCCUAAAGCCUUGCUCCACACCCAGACCAACACAUGAUAUUAAACAAAUAUAAAUACUGUGUGGCUCUGUUUCUGAAGUAUUGCUGGAAAAUGAAUUCCCUGUUUUAGUGUUAACUAUUUUAGUGUUAUUAUAAUCACUAGUUUUAUUGUUCUGAAUCCCUCAUCUUUUAUAUUAAUAUAAAAUUAGAAAAACUCUUAUUGGCCUGCGAUGAACACUAAUAUUUCUUUUCUUGUAUUGAUGCACCCAGGUACAUUCCAUAAAGGCAUCAUUUCAGAAUAACUGAAAGAAACAGUAUUAUGCCUAAUCAAGCUAUAUGUAUUUUACAUUCAUUCGGCCUAUACACCCACACUGAUGUCAGGAAGUUUGGCCUUGUCAAUGCAUCUCAGCCAGGAAAUGAUGUUAAAUAGAUGUUGGUUUUUUUUGUGUUUCUUUUUUUUUUUCCUGGAAAAUAGUUGCAAUUCUAGUUAUACAACCACCAGCAUCCACACUGUGGUUAAAUUUCUACAAUGUGUUUUUGUAUAAGUUGCUGAAACCAUGUCAGUGGAGCUUUAAUAAACUCGACCUGUUACCA